CUUUAGAGCGAACUGAAAACACAACGCUUGGUUAGAGGACGUGUAACAUGUUGUUGUUAUCGGUUAGUUUGACCUUGUGAUAAAACACCUUGUCGGUUAAAGUCCGAUCCCUUCUCUACCGACAGUUCACUCAGUGUAACACAGAAAUCCUUUUUAAGACUGACUUUCAGGUUGCCAGGUUUGUGGAGGAUUCGCCACCGAGACACUUUGCACGAGCUUUUUUGUUUUUGGUUUUGUUAAUUUGACCUUCUGAUCAGGCUUUUGACGCUGAUUCAAUCAUGCCCCCCCCUGCGGCAACCAAUCUGGGCUACACCCCACCAGAUGGAGGCUGGGGCUGGGCUGUUGUCUUAGGCUCUUUCAUCUCCAUAGGAUUCUCUUAUGCCUUUCCCAAGUCCCUCACCAUCUACUUUAAGGAAAUCCAGGCGUAUUUUUCAGUUUCCUACAGUGAGAUUGCCUGGGUGUCCUCAGUCAUGCUCGCUUCUAUGUAUGCAGGAGGACCAGUGAGCAGUGUCCUUGUCAACCGCUUUGGCAGCAGACCAGUGGUUAUGGUCGGCGGGGUGAUGGUUUGUGCUGGCAUGGUGCUCGCUUCUUUUGGCACCACUAUCAUACAUCUGUAUCUUUGUGUUGGAGUAAUUGGAGGUUUAGGCCUUGCCUUCAACCUGCAGCCAGCCUUGGCGAUCAUCGGCACCUACUUCCAGGUGAAAAGGCCGCUGGCGAACGGGCUCGCCAUGACAGGAAGUCCAGUCGUUCUGUUCACUCUGGCUCCUCUCAACCAGUUUCUGUUCGAUUCCUUUGGCUGGAGAGGGAGCUUCCUCAUCCUGGGAGCGAUCGUUCUGAACUGCUGCGUCGCUGGUGCUCUGAUGAGACCGGUCAACAAGGCCGUCCAGCCCAAACCCAAGCUUGAACCCCCGCCAUGUGACCAGGAGGACCUUACCGCAAACGCCAAUGCACAGUCAGCCAACCUGCUGACUGAAGAAAGCCAAAGUGAAGACAAGAAGGAGCGCUGUUUGGACAAAUUCAUAGAUGUCUCCCUCUUCAAACACAGAGGCUUCCUCAUUUAUCUGAUCGGUAACGUGGUCAUGUUUUUUGGCCUUUUCGCACCUGUGGUUUUUCUGGCACCGUAUGCCCGACAUCAGGGGGUGGAUGAAUACUCGGCAGCUUUCUUGCUUUCUAUCUUUGCUCUGGUCGACAUGUUUGUCAGACCAUUAACUGGCUUCAUCGGCAACACCAAGUGGGUUCGGCCAAGGAUCCAAUAUUUCUUCAGCUUUGCUGUCGUAUACAACGGUGUGUGUCACCUCUUGUGCCCACUGGCAGAGGGAUAUUCGGGUCUGGUGGUCUACACUGUCUUCUUCGGCGUGGCCUUCGGGAUGCUUUGUGCACUGCUCUUUGAGGUCCUGAUGGACCUCGUGGGACCGAAGCGCUUCUCCACCGCUGUGGGACUCGUCACCAUCAUCGAGUGCGGACCAGUGCUGCUCGGACCUCCAAUGUCAGGAGCCUUGGUUGAUAAGUUUGGGGAUUACAAAUACAUGUACUAUGCCUGUGGCGUGAUAAUGCUGGUGCCUGGCAUAUUUUUCUUCAUCAUGAAUUACUACAACUACAAGAAACUGGACGAGGAGCGGAGGCAGAGCGCGGCCGCGGAGAUGAGGAAUUCUGACGAGGCCGUAGAACUUAAAAUGAACCAAAUUGAAAAAAUAGCGUAUGAAACAGAUGGAUGAACUUGCUGACUGCGCUUUUUAUUUCAGUUGGUGACAAAAACAAAAACCGGAACAUGUAGGACAAACAGCAUGCAGCCUAUUACUACUAAAAUGUAUUUUUAACUUUGGUUGAGUUUAUCUCUCUCUGGACCUUUGCUAAAUAUCUGUAUUAACAUUUGCUGUUUUAAUGGUUGUUUUAUGUAAAGUAUUAUAAUUAUGACGUCGUGUCACAACAGUAACUCUCGUGGCCUUUGCUCCUCAAUCAUCCAAAAUUGCCCUCAUUCCCUCCACUGCCAUAAUCAUAAUGGCUCUAUAAAGUAAUAUGGUGCCUCUCUGAUUAUUCAUUGGCUGAAUAAAAAUAAAUUUUCCUGAAGGACUGAUAUAAAAUAAUGAGUCAAAACCCAGAACAUCACACUGAUGGUUAUUGUCAUCUUUGGACCACUAGAUGGCACUGGACGCUAUCAGAGAACCAGUCGCUUCUCUCCCAUGAAACCACAAUUAAACAAAAGCCGUCAUCAUUGAGGGUUUAGAGUUUUUACAACAUGUUUUUUUCCAAAGUGUGGGUCAUCGCCCUCCAGAAACUGUUGAAUGAGUCACAGAGGAAGCAGCAGUAAAAGAAAGAAAAAGGAGAUUAUUAAAUGUCUGGAGUAAAGACAACAGACUUUUCCCCUUAAAACUCAUUCCCAGGAUUCCCCCCUCAUGCUGCGCAGAAAUUUAAAUAUCACUUGUAGAGAAAUAUUCAAUUAUUCAUUCUUCAUGUCGGUAGAAAAAAAAUCAUUUUCAGUGUUACAGGAAUCUGUAAGAGUUGCUUCACUGCUGCGCUCGAUUCAGAACUUGGAAAGAAGUUAUGGAAAUGUUUUAGCAUUUAAAUAAGAGCCCAGAACCAAAUGUCCAUUAUGAUAUAAGAUUGCAUUUGCAUCUGUGGCUGAAGAAGACAUUUCUACUACAGCUACAGGCCACCAAACAUUUCAGCUUUGUUUUCUUAACUUAGUCUUUUUAUGCUAAGAGAUAUUUCUACAAUGUGAAAAACCUAAUGAUACAAGGACAAAGAUUCUGACUCAUCUUGCACCUGUCUGAGAACAACACUGUGAUUUCAUGCCAGGUCACAUUAUCCCACCACAGGUCAGAUUUCAUUUUCCAGCACACUGCGUCAUUACAGCUCCUCAGUGCCACGCAGGCCUCGAGCACCUGCUGUACAAGAUACAUGGGCGAGCCAUUCAGUAUGUGAACAAGGCCAUUAUUACAGAUGUAUGUUUAAAUUCUUUAUCAUGUCGCUGCAAGGUGCAUAUUGACUGUCUGUUUCAGAAGCCUGAAAAUCGCUUAUGCGACCGAAUCAAUACAUUUAUUUAUAACCUCAGAUAACAUCAUCUGAAAAUCAGGCCAAAACACUGCAGGUCCGUGGCUCAUUUGUGGAAGGUCGUCUCUCUGGAUCCUGGUUUAAAUUCAACCAACGGACAUUUUGAGUCAAUGUAGCACCAAUUGAAAAACUGUAGGUCGCUCUGACCAAGAGUUUGUGUUAUUUGUUUGUUUUAAUCUUGGUUUAUUUGCCCAAACUAAAAUAUCUUGUUUUUUAGAGACCUAAUAAUCCAGAGUUAUACCUUGAAAGUAUUACUAAUUAAUUUUUGAAUUAGACAAAAUAUUAUGUUUAUGAAAUAGUGGAGCAAGUGUUGGUACUUUACAUAAGAAGAAAAAGUUCUGCUCAUCAAAAGUGUUAAUUACGGAGAAAUGGUCAGUGUUAUUAUAUUUAGCAAUAAAUUGUAAUCUAUGUAGCAAUAUACAUAUAUUAUACUGUAUCCUGUUGAAUUAUUAUAACUUGUACAUUAAUGUGUAAGUAGAAGUUUACUCUUGGUUGAAGUGGAACUAAUUUUCAACUAUUUUAUAAAAGGAUGCAACUAAUAAAUAUUUUUGUUAUGGAUGAA